AAACAGAGGCGGACUGACAACUCAUGGGGCCGCCAGGCAAUAGGGGAUCAUGGGGCCCCUGUGUCCUUGCCCAACAUCAAAAAAGCCUAUGAAAAAGGUACCAGGGGCAUCUCAUGGGGCCCCCUACUGACCCCGGGCCCUCAGGCAGUGCCCGAGUUUCCAAAUGGUCAGUCCGCCCCUGGUAUAAGAUAUUGCUGGUUGAGUCUUGGUGACUAAGCAUACCCCAAAACACACAGACUCUGACAACUGGAGUACCAGGAUACAGAUUUGGGAUCUCU